UGCAAAGGACUCAAGCUUGAGCGGUAUCAGCAAGGAGCAAAGGAGGAUCAGGCGUUUGCUUUGCCUUUCGGGCAAAUAUGCUCCGCCACCAUGGACCUUUUAUCAGUCGCUGAAUUGUAGAAGCGUGCCUCUCACCUUGGUGUAGCGCCCACGAGUGCCACUACAAUUGAAGCCGGACUUCUGCUCCUCUGCCCCAUAACAUCACGAUACCGAACUCAGUGCCGGCGCCAAACAUGAAGCUGAUUAGAUUGGCGUUACCUCUCCUCUUGAUGGCUUCAACGGUGAGAAGCAUGGAGGUAGGUCAGUCGUCUGGAAGUGGCUCCUAUAGUACCCCCAGCCUGUCCUUCAAGGGAAAGGCGCCUCAGACGGGCUUGAUGCUCCCCUCCAUCGGCGAGGUCUUUCCAGGUCACCUCUCCCCCGGCCGGUGCUCCCACUCCCACCUCUCCCCCGGCCGGUCCUCCCCCUCCCACCUCUCCCCCCUCUCCUCCGCCCCUUCCUCCCCAGCAAGAUCGCCUACUCGCACACAGCCACCUUCGCCCAAAUCUGGCGGACCUCCCUCUCCAGUCCUGCUAGUCCCAUCGCCCAGAGGGAAGAAGAUGGGCUGGUUCAAGAAGGAGACCAACAAGCCAAAGCUGAUCUGGGAUCCUGUGACGCACACUGCGUGGACGAGACUCAGGGAGAAGGUCUUGAGUCGGGGUGGGACGGGAGUCUUCUGGAGAAAACAGCACCCUGCCUGUUUGCUACCGCACGGUCAUAGCAACAUUACCAUUGUAUGACCUGGGCGCAAUUUGCCCCCACAAUUCAGGGAGAGAAAGUUGACGUCUCUACUUUAAAGCCCGUCUCUUCUAUUUGAUCGCCUUGUUCCUUCGCC